CCCGCGCCCACGGUCUGAAGGCUGCCUGAAGAUCCCAGGUGGCAGCUGCGGCCUAGCCCCGCCCACCUCGGCCAACGCCUCCGGAAACUGCCGUGCGAGUUGCCACGGUGACACGGAGCAAGGUGGUUUCCACGGUAAGGGGGCCGCUGAGACGCCUGGCGCCAAACUGCAGCGCGCCACGGCCGCGUCCGGCGUGAUGACGUCACGAAGACGGCAGCCAAUGAAACGAGGCGCUGAGAAAGCUGGCUUGGGUUUGAAUCUCUGGGCUGAGUUUGAAUCGCCGAGAGGCGGACAUUGAAGUGAAGCGUCUCCGUAACCUCUCCUGGGCCUGAGAGAAAUAUUCAACCAUUCACAUAAACAAAGGAACCAAGAUAAUCAACAAUGUCUGUCACUGAGGAAGACCUGUGUCAUCACAUGAAAGUAGUUGUUCGUGUGCGUCCUGAGAACACAAGAGAAAAGGCAUCUGGAUUCCAUAAAGUGGUCCAUGUUGUAGAUAAGCAUAUUCUAGUUUUUGAUCCCAAGCAAGAAGAAAUCAGUUUUUUCCAUGGAAAGAGAACUAUAAAUCGAGAUAUUACAAAGAGACAAAAUAAGGACCUUAAAUUUGUAUUCGAUGCUGUUUUUGAUGAAACUUCAACUCAGUUGGAAGUUUUUGAACACACUACUAAGCCAAUUCUUCGUAGUUUUUUGAAUGGAUAUAAUUGCACAGUACUUGCAUAUGGUGCCACUGGAGCUGGGAAGACCCACACAAUGCUAGGGUCAGCUGCUGAACCUGGAGUGAUGUAUCAAACAAUGUUAGACCUUUACAAAUCCAUGGAUGAGAUUAAAGAAGAGAAAGUAUGUAGUACCGCAGUUUCUUAUCUGGAGGUAUAUAAUGAACAGAUUCGUGACCUCUUAGUAAAUUCAGGGCCACUUGCUGUCCGGGAAGAUGCCCAAAAAGGGGUGGUUGUUCAGGGACUAACUUUACAUCAGCCCAAAUCCUCAGAGGAAAUUUUACAGUUAUUGGAUAAUGGAAACAAAAACAGGACACAGCAUCCCACUGAUAUGAAUGCUACAUCUUCUCGUUCUCAUGCUGUUUUCCAGAUUUAUUUGAGACAACAAGAUAAAACAGCAAGUAUCAAUCAAAAUGUCCGAAUAGCCAAGAUGUCACUCAUUGACCUGGCAGGGUCUGAAAGAGCCAGUUCUACCAGUGCUAAAGGGACCCGGUUUAUAGAAGGCACAAAUAUUAAUCGAUCACUUUUAGCUCUUGGGAAUGUUAUCAAUGCCUUAGCAGAUACAAAGAGAAAGAAUCAGCAUAUUCCUUACAGAAAUAGUAAGCUCACUCGCUUGUUAAAGGACUCUCUUGGAGGAAACUGUCAAACUAUAAUGAUAGCUGCUGUUAGUCCUUCCUCUGUGUUCUAUGAUGACACCUAUAACACUCUUAAGUAUGCUAACCGUGCAAAGGACAUUAAAUCUUCUUUGAAGAGCAAUGUUCUUAACCUCGACAAUCAUAUAACUCAGUAUGUAAAGAUCUGUAAUGAACAGAAACAAGAGAUUUUAAUGUUAAAAGAAAAACUAAAGGCCUAUGAAGAACAGAAAGACUUUACUGAUGAAAAUAACAAAGUAAUGAUUUCAAACCCUCAGGAAAAAGAAAUUGAAAGAUUUCAAGAAAUUCUGAACUGCUUGUUCCAGAAUCGAGAAGAAAUCAGGCAAGAAUAUCUGAAGUUAGAAAUGUUACUUAAAGAAAAUGAACUUAAAUCAUUCUAUCAACAACAGUGCCAUAAGCAAAUAGAAAUGAUGUGUUCUGAAGACAAAGUAGAAAAGGCCACUUGCAAAAGAGAUCAUAAACUCGCAAUGUUGAAAACUCGCCGCUGCUACCUGGAGAAGAAAAAGGAAGAGGAACUGAAGCAAUUUGAUGAGAAUACUAAUUGGCUCCAUCGUGUGGAAACUGAUAUGGGACUCUUAGGUCAAAAUGGUCAUAUUCCAAAGGAACUUGAUAAAGAACUUCAUUGCCACCAUUUGCACCUCCAGAACAAAGAUUUGAAAGCACAAAUUAAACAUAUGAUGGAUCUAGCUUGUCUUCAAGAACAGCAACACAGGCAGACGGAGGCAGUAUUGAAUGCUUUACUUCCAGCCCUAAGAAAACAGUAUUGUGCAUUAAAAGAAUCUGGCCUGUUAAAUGCUACUUUUGAGUCUGACUUCAAAGAAAUUGAACAUUUGGUAGAGAGGAAGAAAGUGGUGGUUUGGGCUGACCAAACUACUGAACAUGCAAAGCAAAAUGAUCUACCAGGGGUUUCUAUUCUUACGACCUUUCCACAACUUGGAUCAGUUCAGUCUUCUCCUUGUUGCACAUCUUCGAGCGAAUCUAAUCUGCUUAAAAUUCCUCCACAAAAAAGAAUCCGAAGAAAAUUAAUGCCUUCUCCCUUGAAAGCAAAACAUCCCCCAAAAUCUACACUGUCUGAAAAUAUGCAGCUCAAUGAUUCCCUCAGCAGAGAACUUCAACCCAUUGUGUAUACUCCAGAAGACUGUAGAAAAACUUCUCAAUAUCCAUCUUCAGUGACCCUAUUAAAAUCAUCAUCACAUACUACCAGUUUUCAGGCCAUCAACUCAAAUACAAACAGUGAUAAUUCUCUGAAAAUGUUGUGUGAAGUAGGUAUCCCUCUCAGCAAGAGAAAAGAAUAUGGUGAGGAGGAUUUGGAGUCUACAUUUAUUAUAUGUGAAGACACCAAGAGCUUGAAAAGUAAAUUACCUGAACAAGAAUCACUACCAAACAACAACAUUUUACAAAGGCUUGCCCCUUCUUCAUUCUCAACUAAACAUUCUCUGCCUAUACCAAGCAUAGUACCAUCCUACAUGGCAAUGACUGCUGCUGCCAAAAGGAAACGGAAACUAACAAGCCCUACAUCAAAUACCUCACUAAGUGCUGAGGUAAAUUCUGGAUCUGCCAAGCGUGUUCACCAAGAUAAUUCAAGUGGUAAGCACGUCCAAGAAAACAGACCAACAAUGGAAUAUAAAAGAAACAUCCAUAAAGUAAAGCCAACCAUGGUUAGAAAAUUUGGAAGAAGUAUUUCAAAAGGAAAUCUAAGAUAAGUCUCUUCAAAAUCAAGGGACAUGAAAUUGACAAGUCAGCUUUUAAAAGGGUUUGUUGCCAGUACCCUUUCAGAAACUUCUUAAAAAUCUUUGAAAGAAGACCAUCUUAAAAGCUAGGUUUACCCAAAUACCUUCAGCAAGCAGAAAAUGAAAUUCCAUCUGUUUUGUUCUUUUGUAUUCUAAGCAAAUGUAAAAUUUCAACAGAAAACGUGUGUUUUAAGUGUCUAAAAUAUUUGCUACCCUUUAAAAUUCCUAAGUCAGUAUGGUGGCAACUCAGUUUUACUAUGCUACAAGUUGAUUAGGACAUUUUAGAAAAUAGUAUACUUAAAUUAUCUUUACUGUUUUUUAAAAAUAAGGAGAAUUUAGGAGUGAUAAAAUUAUAACCCAGGAUUUAUUUGGUCUUUUCUUUCCAAAAAUACCUUGAUGUACAAAUGUACAUAUAUGUGCCCAUAAAGUUGUUGUAAAUAUUAUUUAAGUAGUCUUCAUGAAUAAAAUACUAAUAUUGUUUCUCACUACUAGAUAUAUUAAAGAUGUAGAUUUUAUAGUGCUUGCUUUUCUGUCUCGUGACUACCCCUUACACACCUUAAACUAUUAUUUUUUUUAUAAAAUGUUAAUUUUGUAUAUUUGUAUUUCAGAUUAGCUCAAGAUAUGUGGCACUGGAACCAAACCUGAAAAUAAUCCAUAGGUUCCUUAAUGAUAAUGAGAAGAUGUUUUAAUCAUUUUCUCUGCUAUAGGAAGUACAUGGAGCUGCAACUUAAUCUUAUGUCCUUGUUCACCUGCUUUGUUUGGCUUGUUUAUCUUCUGAAUACAACAAGUAUUUGGUUAAAUGAACUUCUAAUUUCAUAUGGCCUAGGACCUGUCCCAUCAAAGCAAACAACCAUUUAACAACCAGUUGCAAAUUUUAGACCUUUCUGUUAUUAGUCAUGUUUUUCAAAUCAAAAUCUAGUUGAGAGAGUAUGAGAUGGAAUAAUGAUCUUUGAAGUUCCUUCCAGCUGUGACACUCAUAAUUCCAUAUUCGUAAAAGUAUACCUAGGAUCUGCUGUAGGGAGAACAACCAUAGACAGUUUUUGUUUUCCUUUUGCCAUUAGGCCUUUGGUUGUGUCGCCUAUUUAUCAGCUACAUUAGUGUCUCUAUUAUUCCUUUCCAUCUAUUUUAGGUAAUUAUAUGUUUCAAAAGAAAUCUUUUUACCACAUACUGAUGAAUGGCUAGCUAGCAGGAUGGUGACCCUACCUCGUGGUCCACCUCACACCAUAAGACCUUUCAGGGAUCCAGGAAGAUACAGGAAUCAUAGGAAAUUUCUGGCAGUAUCUCCAGUACCAAGGUGGACAGUUUACAGCAAAAUGCCUGGAAGCCACUAUAAUAGUUCAUGUGUCUUAAAGCCCAUGGAUCUCUGCCACUGCCUGAGAAGCAGCAACAUAGGUUUGGCUUUUCUUCCCCCUUCCAACUUUGCACGCUA